AUGGACCUCGACCGAAAUCGACCCCCUUCGCGCAUCGAGGCUUUAUCAACCUUCAUCUGGAGCCGCUUUGCUUGGUCAACUAGGGUCUAUUCUGAACCUAGCAAGAAAUGUAUCGUCCUUCAUGCGGUGAACUUGCGGACCAAGUUCGAUCCUCCGUUACCGCAAUAUUCCUUCGGGAACUUCUACCGGGUGGCAGUCACUUCCUUGCAAUUGGACUCAGGGAAGGAGUGCUACGGGCUUGUGGCUAAAAUGAGGGAGACGUUGAGGGGAAUCGAUAAGGGGUACGUGGAGAAGCUCCGCGACGGGAAAGAGCACUUGGACUUCAUCAAGCGGAGUGCCGAGGUAUACCUCAAAGGACAGCUACUGGCGAUGAACUUUACCAGCUUGUGCCGGUUCCCGGUGUACGAGUCCGAUUUUGGCUGGGGCAACCCGACAUGGGCCGGAUCACCAGCCCUAACUUUCCAGAACCUUGUGGUCUUCAUGGACACCAAGUCGGGCGAUGGUGUGGAGACAUAUAUAAGCUUGAGGGUCGAAGACAUGGCUGCUCUGGAAAGCGAUGAGGAGUUCAUGGAAUAUGUGAUUUCUCCAGGAAAAGAACAAAUUUCAGAGUGA